GGAGCCGGGCGGGAGCGCGCGCGGGGGAGGGGCGGCGGGUCAGUCUCCGCCGGGCGCUCCGGGGAUCAGCUGGCUGGCGGGCGGGCGCCGAACGCGGCCCCGGCUCUUGCUGCAGCGCCGCGUCCUCUCGCGUCGCAGGCCGGCCCGGCGGCCGUGACAAUGUUGCGGGGCUGGUAGCUGGGCGCCGGUCGCCGAGCCGUCUCAAGUUUAAACUUACACGAAUCGCUCUCUUGAGGAGGAGGGGACCGCCGCGCGACUGACACGCAUAUUCCUAUAGGCAUCUUCCCUCAGCCCCCACCCCCACGGCCGGAUUCGGGUGGCUCCUCUCCGCGCUGAAAUCCGAGAAGAAAUCCUUGGAUCUCUUGUUUUCUUAAAAAAAAAAAAAGAGGAAAGAAAAAGAAAAAAAAAUCGGGAAACCGUCGGUAUUUUGUUUUUCUGCUUCCUAUUCGCAAGAUGAAGAAGUUUUUCGACUCUCGGCGAGAGCAGGGCUGCUCUGGCCUGGGCUCUGGCUCCAGCGGAGGAGGGGGCAGCACCUCGGGCCUGGGCAGUGGCUACAUCGGAAGGGUCUUUGGCAUUGGGCGGCAGCAGGUCACUGUGGACGAGGUGUUGGCGGAAGGUGGAUUUGCUAUCGUGUUUCUGGUGAGGACAAGCAAUGGAAUGAAAUGUGCCUUGAAACGCAUGUUUGUCAACAAUGAGCAUGAUCUCCAGGUGUGCAAGAGAGAAAUCCAGAUAAUGAGGGACCUGUCAGGACACAAGAACAUUGUGGGUUACAUUGACUCCAGUAUCAACAAUGUGAGUAGCGGUGAUGUAUGGGAAGUUCUCAUUCUGAUGGACUUCUGCAGGGGAGGCCAGGUGGUCAACCUGAUGAACCAACGCCUACAAACAGGUUUUACAGAGAAUGAAGUGCUCCAGAUAUUUUGUGACACCUGUGAAGCUGUUGCCCGCCUGCAUCAGUGCAAAACUCCUAUUAUCCACCGUGACCUGAAGGUUGAAAAUAUCCUUUUGCAUGACCGAGGCCACUACGUCCUGUGUGACUUUGGAAGCGCCACCAACAAAUUCCAGAAUCCACAAACUGAGGGAGUCAACGCAGUAGAAGAUGAGAUUAAGAAAUACACAACGCUGUCCUAUCGAGCACCAGAAAUGGUCAACCUGUACAGUGGCAAAAUCAUCACUACGAAGGCAGACAUUUGGGCUCUUGGAUGUUUGUUGUAUAAAUUAUGCUAUUUCACUUUACCAUUUGGGGAGAGUCAAGUGGCAAUUUGUGAUGGAAACUUCACAAUUCCUGAUAACUCUCGAUAUUCCCAAGAUAUGCACUGCCUAAUUAGGUAUAUGUUGGAACCAGACCCUGACAAAAGGCCGGAUAUUUACCAGGUCUCCUACUUCUCAUUUAAACUACUCAAGAAGGAAUGCCCAAUUCCAAAUGUACAGAACUCUCCCAUUCCUGCAAAGCUUCCUGAACCAGUGAAAGCCAGUGAGGCAGCUGCAAAAAAGACCCAGCCAAAGGCCAGACUGACAGAUCCCAUUCCCACAACAGAGACUUCAAUUGCACCCCGCCAGAGGCCUAAGGCUGGGCAGACUCAGCCGAACCCAGGAAUCCUUCCCAUCCAGCCAGCCCUGACACCUCGAAAGAGGGCCACAGUUCAGCCCCCACCUCAGGCUGCAGGAUCCAGCAAUCAACCUGGCCUUUUAGCCAGUGUUCCCCAACCGAAAACCCAGCCCCCACCCAGCCAACCUCUACCACAGUCUCAACCCAAGCAGCCACAGGCUCCACCUGCCCCACAGCAGCCGCCUUCCACUCCGGCCCAGGGUCUGCCUACUCAGGCCCAGGCCACACCCCAGCACCAGCAGCAACUCUUCCUCAAGCAGCAGCAGCAGCAGCAGCAGCAACAACAACAGCCACCGCCACCAUCACAGCAGCCAGCCGGCACGUUCUACCAGCAGCAGCAGCAGGCCCAGGCUCAGCAGUUUCAGGCAGUACACCCAGCAACCCAGCAACCAGCGAUUGCCCAGUUCCCUGUGGUAUCCCAAGGAAGCUCUCAACAGCAGCUGAUGCAGAACUUCUACCAGCAGCAGCAGCAGCAGCAGCAGCAACAGCAGCAGCUGGCCACAACCCUACAUCAACAACAGCUGCUGACUCAGCAGGCUGCCUUGCAGCAGAAAACUGCUGUGGUGGCAGUACAGCAGCCCCAGGCACAGCAGACCACAGCCCCGCAGCCACCCCCGGCCCAGGAGCCAGCACAGAUUCAGGCCCCAGUAAGACAACAGCCAAAGGUUCAGACAACCCCACCUCCUGCCAUCCAGGGGCAGAAACUCGGAUCUCUCACUCCUCCAUCAUCCCCCAAGACCCAGCGUGCUGGGCACAGGCGGAUUCUCAGUGAUGUAACCCACAGUGCAGUCUUUGGAGUCCCUGCCAGCAAAUCAACCCAGCUGCUCCAGGCAGCUGCAGCUGAGGCCAGUCUCAAUAAGUCCAAGGGUGGGAAUCUUUCUAGGUCUGCAACCACCACUCCAUCAGGCUCUCCUCGAACCUCCCAGCAAAAUGUUUAUAAUCCUUCAGAAAGUUCUACAUGGAAUCCUUUCGAUGAUGACAAUUUUUCCAAACUGACAGCUGAAGAACUGCUAAACAAGGACUUUGCCAAGCUGGGGGAAGGCAAACAUCCUGAGAAGCUUGGAGGCUCAGCUGAGAGUUUGAUCCCAGGCUUUCAGCCCACCCAAGGUGAUGCUUUUGCCACUGCCUCGUUUCCUGCUGGAGCCGCUGAAAAAAGGAAGGGUGGGCAGACUGUGGAUCCUAGCCUCCCACUUCUAAGUGUAUCUGAUCCUUUCAUUCCUCUUCAAGUACCUGAUGCACCAGAAAAACUAAUUGAGGGACUCAAAUCUCCUGACACUUCUCUUCUGCUCCCUGACCUCUUGCCUAUGACAGAUCCUUUUGGUAGUACUUCCGAUGCUGUGAUUGAAAAAGCUGAUGUUGCUGUUGAGAGUCUCAUACCAGGACUGGAGCCCCCGGUCCCCCAGCGCCUCCCAUCUCAGACGGAAUCUGUGACCUCGAACCGCACAGAUUCUCUCACUGGGGAAGAUUCCUUGAUUGAUUACUCUCUGCUUUCUAACCCUACUGCUGACCUUCUGGAAGAGUUUGCCCCCAUAGCGAUCUCUGCUCCGGCCCAUAAAGCUGCAGAAGAUAGUAAUCUCAUCUCAGGUUUUGAUGUCCCUGAGGGCUCGGACAAGGUGGCAGAAGAUGAGUUUGACCCUAUUCCUGUAUUGAUAACCAAAAACCCACAAGGUGGGCACUCUAGAAACAGCAGUGGGAGCUCUGAGUCCAGUCUUCCCAACCUAGCCAGGUCUUUACUGCUGGUGGAUCAGCUCAUAGACCUGUAGCCGUGACCCAGUAGCAGAUGCAGUUCUGUAACCUUCAUACCAUAAUAUACAUUUUCAUUAUGGAGUUAUAAGAAAAUGAUUUUUUUAAAAAUCUGCAAAUAAGGGACCCUCUAGCCCUUAUCUCCUACCCCUUGCCUUCUCCUGUAGAAAUGAUAAGGAAAGAAAAUCACUUUGGCCCUCCAGAUAGUCCUUGGCCAGUUCCUCCCUGUUAGUUUGCUGUGUUUUCUCAUUACCCUUCUUCAAUAGCAUUAACUUAAAUCAAGCGCUAGAUGCCAUGAGCUUCACCUCUGCUGGAAUCAACUCCACCAAAAGCUUAACUGUAACUGAAACUAGUGAAUUGACACCUUUGUCUUAUUCUUGCUAGGAAUGGCCUCCCAAAUCAAUCCUCCCAACCCCUGUCUCCUUUGGCCAGAUGCUGCUGAAUUUGUUUCUCUGUUUUUGCUUUUUAUCCUGCUGCGUUAUCAUGAGGAUAUGGCUUCUUCAGUUGGUCUUAACUCUAGGCAGUAGCCUGGAGAAGGCGGUAGCCUGGAGAUGAGUGUGUGGUUUAAGAGAGAGUAAAACUGACUGACUGAUGGUAUAUAUUUGAAAAGAGAAUGUGAACCCAGCUCUAGCCAGCCAACUUUGACCUUGUUUGAUCAUAGACUUAGCCAAGGGAUUUACACCCCAUGCAACCUGCCCAGCAUUCGUCCAGCAUUCUGGCUUCCAUUGAACCGUGAUUUCUCAGAUCUGGAGACGUGACUGCAAGUACUUGAGAUCCUUGGAUAAAAUAUGUACAUUAUAUAAAUCCCAAAUAUUGCCAUUCCUUUUCAUGUUAACUCUCCCAAGCCGGGAUCUCAGAAUUAGACCAAAACAAGACAAUGGUGGUAAUAUGAUACCUUUUAUUAGAAGACUUUUCACUGGGGGGUGGAUGGGGGAGGGGAAGGAAUUGUAGCAGAAACAGAUGUAUUUUUCUUGUGAUUUUUAUUUUGAAUCAAAUAUUGUAAAUUGUGUAUAAAUGAAGACGCUGAAUAGUUCUGUUUCCACUUGGCGUUUCCAGUCCGAUAUCAGGUGUCUGUACAGGGUUUUGAUCUCUUUCCCUUGUAUAACUACACAACAAUCUUACAGUGUAACAUAUGGAAUCAUUUUGAGUAGACUUGUGUGUUGCUAUAAGCUUUCAGCAGGUCCUCUGUCUUUGUAGAAUAAGCAUGUUGUUUAUUUUCAAAUAAUCAGAAAUAAGUGUGCUGACUAGCUAGGCACAAUUUGCCCCUGGCUACUUACCUUUCUUUCUCUCUGAUGUUUGAAUUGAAGGAUGCAGCCAAUGAAAUAUGUUCAGCUGGUUUUCCUUGGCUUCCUAGAUUAAAAAACGAAACAAAGCAUAGUUCCUCACUGACCUUAGACUAUUGUUCAUAAGAUAAAUAAAGGACCCUGCACUGACAUGACAACAUGCCUCAUGGUCACCCUCUGUAUAUGUCCUUACUCACUGAAGUGUAUUUUUUUUCCUUACCUGGAAAGCAGUCUUCUAAAGUCACCUUUUUGAAAAGAGGUGGGCACAGAGAAACCCCAUUGUGGUUCUCUUCCUUGAAUGCCAUUUUCCAUGAUCAGAAGGGGGAACUCUUAGUUGAUCAGAUUUGUACAAAUAAAAUUCCAAGGCCAUUUGCUUGUUUCUCUAUCUAGUACUUUUGUUUCUUCUUCCUCACAUUUGCACUUUAAGGGGAAAAAAAGAAAGUUGAACAGCAACAACAGCCUGCAAAACACUGCACUUUGGAGGUCCAGCUUUGACCCCAGUGAUGUGAGAGCAGCCUUUGAAAGGCAUCAGAGGAAAAGUCUGAAUCUUUCAGUCUUCCUUUCUGACUUGACAUAUUUCCCAUGCCAGCUGAAACUAAGGAGUUAAGGAAAGGCCUCUAUUAGGAUAAUGGAUAAUUUCCAAAAUUGAGGGAGGCACAACCUUCCUACUGAGGAUUAAAAAAGAUAUCUUUGAAGAGCUCCAUCAUUGGAUAGCAGUGCAAAUGAGACUUGGUUGCCCCUUCACGGACAGGAAUAUUAUUGAAGAUCAAAAUUCUCUUCUUUUCCCUGGACAUAGAAAGAAUGUAUAAACCAAUGAAGGAAAUGUUUAUUUUUAAAUAAGAAUAAUGUUUUAUGCCUAUGUUUUCCAAUUUGAUUUUUUUCAUACAUACAUAUUAGAAAUAUAAUGAAAUAUCUAGUUUCUCACUUUAAUUGAAACCAUGAAGAGUACAGUUUAGAAAUUAGGUAAGUGUCUCUAAAUUGUUCCUUUCAUGUAUUACCCAUAAUCGCCUUGAGAUAUAUUAUCUAGUCAUCUGGCUCAAUAAAGCUUAAUGGAGGCUGUUAAUGACAAUGAACAGACUGGAAGCCAGAGAGUGGUUGGAGGAAGCCUGAGGGAGAUAAUUACAUGAAAUUAUCUUGGGCUUAUUCUUUAGGAGUAGGGCCUCAAAGGGGAGAACUGUUUUUCUGUUAAGGAAUACAUGUGAGUGACUCAGUAAACCGGGCCUCCCUUAGUUUAUAGCAUCAUCCCUGAACUAAAAGGGUUUAUUUGAGAUGAGUGUAGUGUGCUGAUAAUUGAUAGACUUAUGAAACUAUAUACUGAGCUACAAGAGGGACCUUAGAGACCAUCCUCUAGUCCAUCCAUUUCAUUUCACAGGUGUGGGAACCUGAUGCAAGCUGGUGGGAGAAGAGGCCUGGGCAGGACAGGCCACCUGGGGUCUCAUCCUCACCUUUGCCAGUCAGUGGCCGAGUGGCCUUCAGCAGGUGCUUCACUUCUCAGAGCUGCUGUUCCUUAUUUAUAUGAUGAUGGGUUUGGACUACAUGGUCUUUAAGAUUAUAGAAUUCUAGGGUUCUAAAUACGUAUAUUAUUAUGCUUUGGAAGGACUAUGAAGGAUUUAUAUAAUCCUGAUGUUCUUCCGUUAUCUUCUAUAGUUCUUACUAUUACUGUAACAGUAUUUACAUUUUAGAGAAUUAUAGGGCUUUUAACUAAACCGGGUUGCUCUUUUUUGUUUAUCUGAAUAGAAGCCUAAAUCAUCACCGAGUUUUGGAUAUCAAUUUUUCCUUUUUUAAUAUUACACACACACUCCUACCUAUUCCAACAAAACAAUAUCUGAAGAUUUCAAUUCUUUUAAAAUGUAUAAUCAAUGAUCUGCCAUUUAAAAAUGGGCAAAUACUGUGAGCAUAUGUUUCUGAUUUGCUUUUAUUCCAGCUGUGCAAUAGUAGUAACUACACCAGAAGACAUCACACAUUGUUUUUCUUCCUUUUAUAGCAUUCAAACAACUAGAUCAUCAAAUUCAAGUCCCAGUAUUUUUUAAAAUGCAGGCCUCAGAGCAGAUAAGGUUUAAAUGGAUACUCCUAAAUAUGAUUCUAAUUAAUGAUUUCUUUAGCAGACAUGUCAGAAUUUUGACAGCUAAUUGAGUGUUGUUUUCUUCAAAAGCAUCUGGUUUUAAUUGGGAAGCUAAUCCUUAUUCUAAUGAUGCUGCCGUCAUUUAAGUUACUUUUGAAACUCCUCUCCUUAGAAAUACCAUCAAGGAAGGUAACAGGGUAUAAGAAAACCAGUUGUAUUAUCAUCUAAUUAGUAUCACUUUCAGCAUCUGAAAGUAUGUUCUCUUUCUUGAUCUUUUUCUACCCCUCUUGGUUCUAAGUAACAUUCAGCUGUUUCCAGAAAGUAAAAUUACCCCCCUAAGACGGACAGUGGUUACUAUUGAAGAUGGUAAAAAGAAAUCCACAGAAAAUUCCUAGAGAGGACCUUAUAAUGGGAAGUCAUAACAAUUUUAAUUUCCUUAAUAUUCUGAAUAAGGGAAUUUCUGUAAUUUUGCCUGUCUUUAGUAUGGUUUAGAAAAUUGAAAGAUAGGAGUUUUAAAAUACCUCUGAAAGAAGUUGUCACUUUGUUCAGUGUCAUUUGAUAUUGGACUUGGCUCUUCCUGAGUUAGAGUCAUAGAACUUGGAUUGCUAAUAAUUAUAGGGGAACAAACCCAAGAAGGAAACUGUUUUUCUCAAGACGAAGUAUUUUGUUUAUAAUACUUUUUUCCUACUCUCCUGACAGAUAGUUGAUCAUUUUGAUUCAAACCAACACAACCUUCCGCCAGGUUGGGACAGUUCUGCCUUCAGCAGUGCUGUGGGAAGGAGGGGACCUUUGGGGUUGACCUCAGCCCAGAGGUAUGGAGAGAUCUGAGCUCAGCUGAACAAAGGCAUGCUGUAGAUACCUUGGGCCAAAAUAAAGUCUCCCGCCAUGACGUCUCUCUGUAUGUCCAGAGUCUUUAACUUUCUCAGUCUGUAAGAUUAUCAGGAUCCUGUAGCCACUAACUUAGAGUUUGGGGAUAAAAAUGACAGGAUUGCCCAAAGUACUGAGUUAAACAAAUUACAGGCUGCCAGGCAGAACAGAGAAACUAUCACAUGGAUGUUUAAAAUGGAAUCUUUACUGAAACACUCCAGAUAUUACAAAGCUAUCUUUUAUUCCUCUCUAGAGGCUAUAAUUUUACUAACACAGUUAGUCUUUUCCUUUUCCACUCUAGUAAUGUUCCUAAACUUGGGUGUGCUGAAGUUUUUUGAGUCAGAAUGAAUCCCAGAUGGCCUCCAUUUCAAAUAAUCCGUAACAAGAUACUAUUUUGUUUCCCUAGGGUUUUCUUUCUCUAAGGUGGGGGAGGGAGGUUCUUUGGGUAAUGCUAACCUAUGCAAAGGUACUAAAUGGUAUUGCUAGGAUGGAACACACGUCCUUGGUUCCCACUUUGUUGCAGUGUCCUGAAUUCACUCUUUUCCUGUGAGUAUUCUACUCUGCCCUGUUGCACACCUCCUUGUCACGUGGAUGUGUAUUUACCACAGGUCUUUAUCUUGUCCUCCCCAAGAAGACAAAGUAAACAGAGGUACACGAAGCUAUCUUAUGCAGUAAAAAUGUGAAAUUUGAACAUUGCUACGCAAGUAUUGUAUAAAAAACGUCUGUAAACAAAUUUGUUAUGUAAACAUACAGGGGAAUAAAGACUUUUAUCUGUUCAAAUGGGAGCAUGUUCAGAGAUGUAAAUAACUUAAAAUAGCUGCUGUUUUCCUGACUUCCUGAAAACCCACUUUUGCAAAAAAGAUUUAAAGACAUUGUUGAAUGACAAUAAGUACCUGUGCACAAGGAAAGUGCGAAUAUGUGUGAGACACAUGCUAAGGACAUUUCAGUGAGUCGUGGCUCCCCUCUCUUCACCUUGUGGUCAGGGAGAAUAAAACCCCUGUGAGCCUGCAUCUGCUGUGACCAGACACAGGUUUGAAAACGGAGCACGGAUUUGCAGCUACCCUCCUCUGAUUUAAUCUUGAAUAUACACAGGCCAAUUUAAUUAAAGAUUUUAUGUUGGCAGCAGCAGUUUUAUGCCCAGAGAGAAAUCUCUCUCAUUUAAUGACUCCGUUGGCUUGAGAGACAGAGCAUCACUAGCCAGUGUUGGUUCCUAUCGAAUCCCUUAUUCCCCAGUCCUGGGUUUUAAUGUAACUACCCAACAUAUGGUAGAACCACAUGCUUCAUUUUAUUAUCUAAGCCAAAAGGUCAUGGAAAUUAUUAGUUUGAUGUAUAUUUCUGGAUUCCCUGAUUAGGCUCCAAGAGUCUGAAUUUCAACUUUGGCGCUGCAUUUCUGAAGUUCUUCCAAAGGGAUUUUUGCUUUCUAUUUGCUAACUAUAUGAGGUUUCUCAAUACUCCAAGUCUUCAUUUUCAGCUUUUGGCAAGAAUUAUGUCUUUGAUACUCCCUGUAACUGUUAUUUUAAUUUAUGGGAAAGUAAAAUUCUGGUUCUACAUGAUAUAUUUCACUAAGGAAUAUUCAGCCUGAAAUUUGUCUUCAGAUUUUGAUUUUUUGGAAGGCACUCUGAUGAGCCUCACUGUGUCCAUCAGAUAAAAUUUCCAGGGUGAACCUAUCCCAAAUCAUUCAACAUUUUUGGUUGCUUUAGAAGUUAAUAGGGAGUUAGUAAGGAUACUUGCCAAGUCAUCAAAUACUUUUUGGGACCCUCAUCCUACUCUUUGAAGCAUAUGAGCUCUUACUGAAAACGGCAUAAUUUGGAGCCUCAAGAGAAAUGGAGUUAGCCCUAUUGGAAGUGUAGAAAAGUGUACUUAACCUUAAGCUGGCACACAGUCCUAUAUCAGAACAAGAAAAAGAAAUGUGUUUUGACUUCUUGCUUAAUUUAAUGUGCUAAAUCAAAAUAAAAGACAUGACCCAAUUUGAGGGAAUCAGAACAAAAUACCCUAUCUUAGCCUUCAUGAUAAGAAAGACCCUUGUACAGAAUGUGAGGUCAGGUCCUGCGUUUAAGCUCCCUCAUGCCCCCAGGAACAACUGGCUAGCUUUAGAGCUCUGUGGUCUCAGGGCAUCUGCUGUGCAUGCUGUUGGUUACCAAAGGAAAUGGGCCAAGGCAUGAGGUUAAAUUAGUGUAAAUCCUUCAUUGCUAGUAGGCAGACUACUUCAAACACAUUUUCCUCACAAUACAAGGCUAUCUUCAUAUAUAAGGACUGUUCACCUUGAAAACACAUACAUUCCCCACAAGAACACACUCAUAUCCAAAAAAGACCUCUAACUGCCAAAAGGUUUAAUGUCUAUCUUCUGUUUGCAGUUACUUAGACUCUCUCCUCUUGACUACUAUAUUCCUUGUGCUGCCACCACCAAAAUUCCCUGAGGCAGUGUGGAUGUCUGCGUUUCUCCAUAUCCGCCAGCAUUUUUUUGGUCUCCAGAGCACCAGGCUUGGAGAGUUGCAGAGGAUGGUUGCUCUCUGCCUUGGUCACACUGCACCUCCUCUAAAAAGAAUGGAAGGUUGGGAGACUUGGCUUUCUCAGGAGAAUCCUUUGAAUGUACUUUCCCAAUCCUGUAAAGCAGAUUCAUGCUGAAAGAGAGAUAUGAGAUAGGCCUGGCCUUGUUUUGAAGGACAGGAGACUAGUUUUCCCUUCAAACUUGAUGUUAGAGUAUUUUUGUAACUGUUUGUCAAUUUUAAAAAGUUGUUGGAAUUUUAAGUAUGGUUUUCCCAUUACUCACCAUGAAGGUCACAGACUAUGUCCUGAGUUGACAAGUUUCCAGUUGACUUGACUGAGAACCCAGUUUUUAACAUGGGUAAUUUUGAUGGGUUAGGCAUGUUCUUCUCUCCUAACUCUGGAUGUGGGCACCCUUCUUGGUUCUUUACGGUUCUCAAAAUGUAAUGUAACACAUUUUGUUAGUGCUGUCAGGUCGAUUCUGACUCCUGGCAACCCUGUGUACAGCAGAAUGGAACCCUGCCCAGUCUUUUUGCGCCAUCCUCUCACCUUCCGGUGCUAUAUCAGAAUGCUCCACUGCUGUUCAUAGGGUUUUCAUGGCCAAUUUUUUCAGAAGUGGGUGCCCAGAUCCUUCUUCCUAGUCAGUCUUAGUCUUUAAGCUCUGCUGAAAGCUGUCCACCAUGGGUGACUCUGCUGGUAUUUCAGAUACCUGUGGCAUAGCUUUCAGCCUCACAGCAGCACACAGCCACUACAGUAUGACAACCGACAGAUGGGUGGUGUGGUCCCCUGACUGGGAAACAAACCCUGUCUAACACUGCAGGCAUCCAAAGUGCCCCUGGUUCUAUAGGCAGCUGCUUUUGGGCAGCUGAUUUGAGUGAAUUCAAUUUAAAUUUCCCAAAAACACUAACUCCAGUCAAACUCCAGAAAACUCCACUUUCCUUAUUGAUCUGUAUGAUGUCAGAGUUGGUCAUUAACUUGACUAAAUUUACCAUUUUUUUCCUAAGAGAUAUCUUGCUCUCCCAUAGAACCAGCUUAAUAACAUCAACUUUCAGAGUAGUUUUGGAAAUGAGAAAUUGUACCUUUGUUUUGACAACUGAGAACUUUGUCCAGCUGAUGCUACGUUAGAAAGUGGUUUGAAGAGUUUUGGGGGCCUCUCAUACCACUUUGCUUGGUGAAUCUCAUUUUGGAAAACUUCUUUGCCCCCUUUCAUUGAAUUUUCUCCCAGCAGUCAUCAUGUGGGAAUCACUGUGACAGAUCUAAUAUCAAUACACUUACCUGAGAGGUUAGGAUUAUGUCUUUCCACAUAUAUUGCAAAGGAGAAGGUCUUCCUUUAUUUCCUAUCAGCUGACUGAUGCUUUUGUAUCACCAUGUAGGUGCACAUAUUAAAGUUAUAAUGCAAGGAAAUAUUUAUCAUCUUCAAAAUCAUAUUCUUCAAAUACUAUUCAGAAAGCCAUUUGGCACCAGUAAAGAAUUUAACUUAAAGACUCUAACUGGAAUUCACCAAAUGCAUUCAAACCAUUAGAAAGGGAAAUAAAAAUGGGGGGACCCACCUUUUUUGUUUCUGAAAACAGUAUAUAAGGCCAGAACUGUUUAAAAAUAAGCACUGCUAAAAAGUUAUAGGAUUCAGAGAAACAUAAUAUUUUUGUACAGUAUCUUCUAAAAUGUUCAGAUCUCUCUCUACAUUUCUUUAUAAUGUAAUGUCUCUAAGUAACUGGU